GGGGGUUGAAAGCAUAGAUCUAAAGAAUGAAAAAAGGGGCAAAAAUUUUGUCAAAAUUUAUGUGUAUAGCGCAUCAAGAAAUGGAGAAGGGGGCAUCGGACAAAAUUACUCUGCAAGAUAACCUCAUAUCUCAAGAGAAAAUAGUUUCAGAAGAUAAUAAAAAACGGCUGUAUCCAAAAAGUCUUCAGGUACCAUCAGAAGCAGAUCCAGAAAGUCUUCAGGCAUCAUCAGAAGCAGAUCCAGAAAGUCUUCAGUCAUCUUCGGAAACAGAUAUGAAAAGUCUUCAGGCGUCCUCAGUAAUAGAUACAGAAAGUCCUAAAGUAUCAGCAGCAAGUGGUUUUUCAUCAUAUAAGGAGUCACCACAUACUCAACAUUUAAUGUUUAGUUUUUAUUUCAUUGAGAGUCGAAUGAAGCUUCUAACUGCCAAGAAAAUGACAGAUUCAAAAGGUUUUCAGGCAUCUUCAGAAACAGAUACAAAAUGUCUUCGGGCAUCUUCUGAAGCAGAGUCAGAAAAUCCUCAGGCAUCUUUAGAAACAGAUCCAAAAAGUCCUCAGGCAUCAUUAGAAAGUGAUUCCUCAUUAUAUGAGGUGUCACCAAAUGCUAUGCGUCUAAUGUUUGGUUCCUAUUCCGUUGAGAGUCGAUUAAAGUUACCACCUGCAUCUCCAUAUAGAAUGACAGAUUCUAUAAGCCUUGGGAGUUUUGAUUUGAGUACUUCAGAUAUUGAAAGAAGUCCUGUCAACAAAAUGACAGAUUCAAAAACUCUUCAAACAUCUUCAGAAACAGAUUCGACAAGUCCACAGGCAUUUUCAGAAAUAGAUACGAAAAGUUCUCAGGCAUCAUUAGAAACAGAUCCAAAAUGGCCUCAAUCAUCCUCAGAAACAGAGCCAAAAAGAAGUCAGGUGUCUUCAGAAACAGACUCAAAAAGUCCUCAGGCAUCUUCAAGAACAAAUAUGAAAAGUCUAAAGACAUCAUUAGAAACAGAUCCAAAAUGGCCUCAAGCAUCCACAGAAACAGAGUCCAAAAGAAAUCAGGUAUCUUCAGAAACAGAUAAACAAAGUCCUCAGUCAUCUUCAGAAAUAGAUUCAAAAAGUCCUCAAGCAUCUUCGGAAACAGAUGCUAAAAGUCCUCGAGCAUCUUCGGAAAUGGAUCCAAAAAGUCCUCAAACAUCUUCAGAAACAGAUACAAAAUGUCCUCAGGCACCUUCAGAGACAGAUACAGAAAGUCCUCAGGCAGCUUCAGAAACAGAUGCUAAAAGUCCUCGGGCAUCUUUAGAAAUGGAUCCAAAAAGUCCUAAGGCAUCUUCAGAAAAGGAUCCAAAAAGUCCCCAGGCAUUAAGAGAAACAGAUUCAAAUAGUCUUCAGGCAUCCUCAGAAGCAGAUUCAAAAAGCCCGCAUGAAUCCUUAGAAAGUGAUUUCUCAUUAUAUGAGGUAUCACCAAAUGCUAUGCGUUAUAUGUUUGGUUCCCAUUCCGCAGAGAGUGGAAUUAAGUUUCCACCUGCCUCUCCAAAUAAAGUGCCAAAAUCUUUAGAAUCUAUAAUCCUUGAGAGUUUUGAUUUGGGUGUUUCACAUGCUGAAAGAAGUUCUGUCGACAAAAUGACAGAGGAAGAAUCUCCAGCUGUUGCAGAUGAUCAACCAGUCGAGGAGGGUGGUAUAGCUACACCAUAAAAAGCUGAUCAAAAGUAGUCUUACCAAACAAAAAAUUAAAUAAGAAAAAUUAUAGUUUCCUAAAAAAAAAACAGAAAAAUGGAUAAGUAUUUUUCAAAGAAAUUAAUUUUCAAACUCAAGAAAAUGUGAAAAAAAUUUACUUAAAGAAAUUAAGGAAAUAGUGAGGUAUUCAUAAAGAGGGUCUAUAGAUUUAUUACCAUUUGCAAGGCAUGCCAGCAUUGCAAGUUAAUUGCUAAUUUGUUUUAUGAUUUUGUUAAGUGAUUUUCUAUCAUUAAAAGUACAGUAAAUGUUCAAAUAGCAAAAUUAGUAUAUAUUUUUACCUUUUCAGGAAAAAAAAGGCAUGUUUGUUACAGUAUGUAUCACUGAAUUCUUCAGGAAGCAUUUUUUCAGUAUAGGCAGUCAAAGAUAAAUAUUUAGUUAUGAAAUGACAAAUAAACAACAUACUAUAUACAGUACUAUGCCAACUCAGUUUGAAAUAUUCCCAUCAGUAACUCGGUUCUUAUUUUAUUUUAGGUAUAUUUAUUUUCUCACUUUUUGAAAUGUAUUGAUACUGUCAUUUUCACUAGCUUUAGCAGUAAAAUAUGUCUCCAGCAUUAUUUCCCUAUUGUACAAAAUUACUAUCUCCCUUAUAUCCAUUUAAUCAUGGAAAAGUGCUCAACCCGUAAGGGUCAUACAGCGCCUUUUCUAUAUUCAUGUGUGGUUAUAUGUAUUGAAAAAAGUAAUCAAAUAAAUUUUCAUGGCUUACACGUAAAAAUUACUCUCGAUAAUCUUAAGCCUAUUUUUUAAUGUUAAAUCUUAUUACUUAUACUGUAGUAAAAUAAGUACUGGAUAUCAAUAUUUUGUUUAAAUUCUUUUAUUGUAAUGUUUCUAUAAUAUCCCAGCAGUGUUGUAUGACGCACAAGUUUUGCACUUCCUUUUGUGCAUAAUAUAAUGAUGAUCUGUAGUACCUCAUUUUUUCAUUAAUUGAAAGUUAUCAGUGAAAUUUUGGUGUACUUUAUGUAUACAGUAUUUUUGGUUAAAUAUAAUACAAUACUGUAUAUUUACAAACAUGAUUUUGAUUCAUUAUUAACUGAGGCUGUUCAUAACAUUAAACUUGGGAAAUUCACACUUGACUGCCUUAAAUGUUAGAAUUCAUCAAGAACAGUAGAGCAAUUGCCUGUCCAUAACAUGAUUUUUAAUCCUUGAUUAUCUACCUAAACAUGCGCUUGUCUGACAUGGGACAACAGUGUUAGACCAUUUACCAUUUUACCUGCAUGGUGGGGAGCAGGUAUUUCUGCAGGUGGGUGCUAUUGAUGUUUCAAACUCGUGUGUAAGCCUUUGUGCCCCAGCUGUUGGCUUGCUCCCUGGUUCCUUGUGCUAUCUUAUUAUUCAUCAUUGUGAAUUAUUCAGCAUUGGGGCAAGUGGGUGUAUUCACAUAAGGUUUAUUAAACAUGUGUACAUGACAGACAGGCACUUUGAUGUUAGUUCACUAGUACAAACAUCUUGUUUUCAGUUCCGUUUACCCGUGGACACAUUUUCUUUAAUGUAGUUGCAUAUACUGUACUAUAAAAAAUUGAUUCAUA